AGAGAGAGAGAGCGACGCAUUCGCGUGCUCCGGGUCUUCGGAGCUCUUUUCCAAAACACCCUCUCAAAAUCUAGAACAGCCGCGCGCCGGCUGGGAGCCGAGACCAAGACGUAAGCGUCGUAAGGAACGCUUUCGCUUUCGUCCCGGAAGAGCUCUGGAUUAAUUCGAAAGUUUUCGGAGAACAUCAAAAAAGAGAUACCGCGAGCCGAAGAUCCGCGGGGUUUGGAUCUCGGCGGCGGCGAAACGCGAAGGGUCUUUCCGUCGCGUGCGUGUGGUCUCCCCCUGACUAUGUGCCGGCGUCUCGCGGGCGCGAUCAGGACGCCGGGAACGUCGCCGUCGGUGAACGACGUCGUCGCGACGACGGAGCGUAAGACGUGAGACCCGUUCAUACGCGUCAGCUGAUCCCGACGUAGGCCUUGGGGAACAAAGGAGGUGAUUAUGUAAACCGGAGGUUCGCGGCGCUGGAGGUCCGCGGUGGCGGCCGUCGCACGCUCGUCGUCGCCCGUUCCGCCGACGACCGGUGAAUUCCCUCCCCGGUGAAAGACGGACUAAUUAUAUUCGCCUCGUGGGACGAGGUUACUAACCAGCCAACCCUCCGGCCUGCGCCUGCGUGCGCGACCAGGCGUUUACCUCGAGAGGGAAUAAACGAAACGAUGAAACGCUUUAGCCUCGCGGGAUAAGAGCGACAAUUUGAUUGAGAACAAGAGAAUUCAGAACUUUCCACGUCCAUUUCUUUAGACAUUUGAAAAACCAAGAGAUCGAUAAUAAUAAAAAGAGACUUACGAGGAAAUCAGAAUUUAAGAUCUGAAAGCUCUUUGGAUUUAAUCUUCGGACGUCCGAGAAAUAAGAGAAACGAGGAUUGAAAGUACAAAGGUUCAAGGGUAACAAUUAUGUUAGCGUAAUUAAUAACGCAUUAAGCUUCGGCUUGAUUACGCUUUGACCGCAGGGAAUAAUCAUAAAACAAUCGGUAAGUAAGUCCUGAUUGCAUCGCGCAUGUAAAUGCAUCGGACGAUUGCAGGACGAAGGAUUUAUGGGACAGGGAGGGGAAACGAUUAUAACUUCCCUUCUCGGCCUGCUUUAUUUUUCGAUCGCGCUACUUCGGCGCGUUCAUCACGCGUAGCGUUUGACAUAUCACGCUACGACCAUAAAUCCAAAUCGAUCAGCAUGUUUUUCAAAGAGUGCCGCCCCGUCGAAUGCAUGAAAAGGAUCGCGUAUCGUUUUUAGCUUUCGAGAGAUUCGCAAGAUACGCGCCAAGGGAUGUAACUGAUUCGACGAGGGGUCAAUCUGCGAUAUUAAUAUUCAAACGUUAUACAUAUUAAUCUUCUUUCUGUGCCUCGUAGAUUCGCAAUGGCUCUAGUAAUGCUACCAUGUGAUCUGCCCUGGUGGCCGGCUGUCGUAAAGCAACUGGACAAAGCCGCCUUGGCCAAAACCUCCGAGGAUCUAAUAGACGCGAUGCAACGACUGCAUGACAUGUGCAAUAUAAGCCUCGAUCCCGAGGAAGACGUGCAGGACGCCGACCUAUUCUCCAUGUUGGGAACCUUCCUAGACAAUGAACUCGAUCUCGCGGAACGGGAGCAAGUGUUCACGAAGACAAUACCGCGAAUGGUGGAAAGGGCGAAGGCCUUAAAAUCUACGAAACCCCCGCAAGGCUUACACUUCAGUCUCCAGCAGCAAGGUGACAGCGUCGAGUACAGCUACGCCUUCGUCUCCUCUUUAAUCGCGAACGCGUUCUUCUCGACGUAUCCGAAGAGAACCGCGAAAACUCACCCUACGUUGCGCGAUUUUAACUUUACAAAUUUCUUCAAACACCUCCACAAAAACGCACAAAAAGCCAAACUCAGAAGCAUCUUUCAUUAUUAUAAUUAUCUCGAGACGGAACAUGCAUUCGACGGUCGUCUAAUAAUUUCUAGACAGGUGAUGACAUCUAAGCAGUGGCUGACUAUCGAAGACUGGCUGGAAAGUAACGUACCUCUUUGUCCGUUAACGAUACGUCACGAGGGACGAUUGGAAAGGGUUGAAGCGGAAUCAAAAGUACUGCAAGUUUGUUUCGUGAACGCUAAAAUUGGCGGCGGUGUGCUCGAUGGCGACGUCACGCAGGAGACUGUACACGUGGCGACGCAUCCGGAGAUGCUCGCCGCGAUACUGUCGGUCGAGGCCUUAGAAGACAACGAAGUACUAAUAAUCGAGGGCGUCAGGCACAUGUCGAGGAUAAACGAUCCCCGGCAUAAAGCGAUAUUCGAGAGUAUCUCGAAGCCGAACGUGGUAACGGUCUGCUGCAUAGAUCCCGAGGAUUACUCGCGACUGCCGUUGACGCAGUUCGAGGAGGACAACAUCUUGAGGGAGAUGAACAAGUCGCUGCUGGGAUUCCGCCAGCGGCACGUGCCCAGCAGCCCCACGGACCCGAUCAAGGCCGAGCCGGAAGCGGAAGUUGGACUGGGCUCGCGCAGACUGUCGCCGAUCGGCGAGAGCUUCAGCAGCACUCCGCCGGAAACGGAGGGCGAGGACAGGAUCUUCGCGGCGGGCAACAAUUCCAAGACAGACAAGCAGCCUACGCGCGACGAGCGUCGCAGAUUGGAGAACGCGACAUUGGAGGCGCGUAGCAGGCCUAAUGGUAAAUCGAUGAGACCGCCGAGUCCUCACAAGGUAUGCAAGGACGCGAGUUGUACGAACCGAAGGAACAGAUUCAUCGUGCUCGGAUCUAGCGGCGAGGUUCUACCGGUGACACGACAGCUCGGGCAAAUGUCGGUCUACAGCAGCUGCAACAGUCAGAGUACGGAUAGUUUUCACAGCGCUAAGGAGACCAUCGACGAGGAACCUGAAGAGGAAGAGCAAAAGAUGACUAAACGUUACAGCGCGCAAUUAGAUACGCCGGAAAGAAGAGGAACUUUUGCACAACGACUAAAAGAUGCCCUUAAACGAGAGAGUACGGCGACCGGAGUGACUUCCUCGAAUACCUCCUCCGGCGAGAGCAGUUAUGCCGUUGGUAUAAGCGUUAGUGGUAGCCACGUCGGUGAUCAAGACAUCAAGGUGAAAAGAGGAGGUUCGAGAGGUUUCGUUUUGAGGGACGAGACGGUGGAUGAGGAAUUUCUGAAGGAGUCUUUAGAAGCAGAGCAAAAAUGGCUGGGCCGAUUCCGACAAAGUCAGGGGCCUAUGUUUCAGAGGAAAGACACAAGCGCGAGUAGCAAGUACAGUUUCAGCACCGAGUACAAUUCUGAUUUUUGUUCCGAGCUGGAGGAAGUUUACGAGCAAUUAUCAAAGUGGCUGGACGAUCCGAUAGUUGCGGACGAGAGCCGGGAAUUGGACGCGAGAGAUCGAGCGGUAGUGCGAUUCGCCGGUUCGCUUCUGAAACGCGCUUUAAGCGAAUCGUUCGCCGGCGUGCCGGUUCAGGAAGGUGAACCGCAACCAUUCAUCGAUGCAAACGACGUAAAUCAGCAGCACAAGCUGGCCUUAGCCGUGAGGAGCCUCAGCUUGGAGCUCGCUCGGCAGAAAAAUCGGAGACAACAAUCAUUGCCGCGCGAGAACAGCCCUCAAGGAGGAGGUUUAUUGCCUGUGGCUACCGGCAAUUGGGGAUGCGGGACUAGAUUGAAAGGCGAUCCGCAAUUGAAGCUCGUUAUUCAAUGGCUCGCUUCUUCCUUGGCAGGCACGCCAAGACUAAUUUAUUACACUUCUGGCAAUCCCAAUCUAUCUAAGUUGGACACCGUGAGCAGAGUUUUGAUAGAUAGACGUUGGUCGGUGGGCGACUUGGCCGCCGCGACGCUGCGAUACGCUAUGCAGACGAUCGAGGAACGGGCGGAAGGAAGGAACAACCUCUUCGAGGAGAUCAUCGGUAUGGACAAAUCGAGUCCUUAGCCCGAUUCGAUGCUGUCCGUUCUGGUGGACGUGCUGGCUACCAUGAUCGAAGACAGCCUACUAAAAAAUUAAUCACUAAUAUAUCACUACACUAUUCUUCCGUGAGACGAACAAAAAGAAAAAAAAAAAA